AUGUCACAGACCUCUAAUCCUUCAAAUUCAAAGGCGUUCUUCACCUCACUUAAUAGUCUUCACAUGAUCAACAAUCUAGAUCUCAUCAAGAAUUAUAAAUCAAUUGAUGACUUAAUUACCUAUGAAACUAACACAAGAAGCUCUACAAUAGAUCACAUUUUUAUGCACUCCUCAUUAAUCCCAGAUCUUAUUGAUAAAGUAAUAACAAAAGUUGACAACGAUUUGUCAGAUCAUGCUUUUGUACAUGCAACUAUUUCAUUAUCAAUAAACGAUGCAAAAACACAAAACUCAACAAAAUACGCUGCUACUAAAACAAUCUCUAACAAAUAUACCUCACACCAUAACUGA